UCUCUCCUCUCGUCCUUCUCUCCCGACGAGAAAACGCGGCGCUUGGAGCGUGUUGUAAGACCGGACUUGGGCUUCUGGCACAUAUAUAACAGUGUCAUCGCGGGGAUUCCGUGGAUAGUUGCACGCGACGACGCGUCGAGCGAACAUGAUCAAGAUCGUCCUGCUGUGUCUGUGUCUCUACGGAGUGGCGUUGGGCUCUCCGGUGCCGGGCUCGUUCGCCACCAUCGACGACGUGGAGAACGAAGCCGAGAUCGUGGACGCGCUGGAGCCGCUGCCCGGCAACCGUAAUCUCAACGAGAAACGAGUCCCGGUGAUAAGGUUGACCAUACCAGCCGGUUACCUGGGCCAGCUCUAUGGCACGAAGAACCUGGCCGAGCGCAAGCAGCUGCCCUUUUACGACACCGACCACAUGCUGCUGCUGCCAGGUGUGAGGAAUUUGGAGGAGAAGGCCAUACCCGAUGCCGUGAUCGCGAGAAUGAGCGCCGGCGAGGAUCCGUACUACAGUGCCAGGCAUCCCAAGUCCGAGGUGGAGAAAGUUGUCGUCUAGAAGUUUCGUUUAUGUUUAUCGAAUUUUCGUAGCAGCCGCAGUUGUUGCGUUGGAAAUUUUUUUCCCCUGUUUAUACGUGCCGCAAAUUGAUGUAGUUUUGCGCUCUGAAUUUGAAUUGAUGUCUGCGUUGAUUUACCGUAUUCUCGGAAAGUAUUUGUGUGCAAUCACGAGGAAAGCGCUUUUUAACGAUCUUUGUUGGAAAUUUUUUUCAAAUUUAAAUGCCAUGCAAAGUGGCGCUUGAUUCUAAUUUUUAUCUAAUUGAGUGAUAUAAGAUAUUUUUACGUUCUUACGAAGAAUUCUUCUAUUUAUGUACGCGAACGGUAGAAUUUAUUUAGAUUUAAUGCACUUAACUUAUUUGUUGUACUAAAAUGCUACUUGCGUUGGAGUGUUUAUGGAGUAUAUCAUUGUCGUGCUAGAUAUAAUGCUGUUUUUUAUAAUACACUUGUGAAAACGGGUUAAAUUUCUGGAAAAUAAUAUUUAAAAUAGUUUUCGUCAGACAAUUUUCUAGAUUGCUGCUUUAAAAUUCGCCAAAAAGGAGUAAUUUGUAUUAAGAUAUUUAUAAAUUUACAUUCAAAUAAAUAAAUAGUUUGCUAAUUCGAACAA